AUGGCUUUGCUGGGGCUGCUCGUCCUGCUGGCCCUGGCCGGGCCCGUGUGGACCACCUGGGACACCUGCAGAGGCACCUGCGGGCUCCGGCCCUUGGCUUCCGACCACAGCUCUUCAGUUCUCGACUACGACUCCGUGACUUCUGCUGCUGACCUGUCCCGUGUUGUGGCUGGCACGGGUGUCCAGCCAGGGGCCUGGCCCGGCAUUGUCAGCAUCCAGGCCACCUGGGAGAACGGCACGUGGCACAUGUGCUCGGGUGUCCUCCUCAGCUCCCAGUGGGUGCUCACGGUCGCACACUGCUUCGCCAGGGCCGGGGGCAUCUCCAGGUGGGAAGUGGUGAUGGGGGUUUCGGAUCUGAGCCAGCCGGGCCCCGAGGCUGAGGUGAGACACAUCCAGAGGCUCCUGGUGCACCAGCACUACGUGCCUGCCACAGCCAGGAAUGACAUCGCCCUGGUGGAGCUGGACCGGCCCGUGGAGUGCAGUGACUACAUCCAGCUGGGCUGCGUGCCCGACGCCUCCAUCAGGGUCUUGGAGCUGAAAUCCUGCUACAUCGCCGGCUGGAACUUUGCCAGAGGGGAGGGGAUGGGCAUGGUUCUGCGGGAGUCCAAGGUCCACCUCAUCCACACGGAGAUCUGCAACAGCAGCCGGUGGUACGGGGGGGCUGUUCAUGCUGACAACCUGUGUGCUGGGUACCCGCAGGGCGGCAUCGACACCUGCCAGGGGGACAGCGGGAAUCCCCUCAUCUGCAAGGACAACAGAGCUGACUACUACUGGCUGGUGGGGUUGAACAGCUGGGGAAGAGGCUGUGACAGAGCCAGGCGCCCCGGGAUCUACACCUCCACUCAGCACUUCUACAACUGGAUCCUCAUCCAGACGGGCCUGAGCCCAGCUGACAUCACCGGUUCAGCACCGGAGCCGAACUGCGCCCCGACCCCUAAGCCAGAGGUCACCAUGGCUUCGGCGCAGACCACGACGCCAGGGCCGGAACAAGAGCCAGGGACAAAGCCAAGGCCAGCGCCAGGGCCGACACCAGAGCUGGUGCCCGUGCUAGAGCCAGUGCCAGAGCGGGUGCCAGUGACAGAGAUGACGCCAGAGCCGACUCCAGGGCCGGAGCCGGUAACAAAACCAACGCCAGAGCCGACGUCAGCGCCACAGCCAAGCCCGGAGCCGGUGCCGGUGCCGGAACCGACCCCAGUGCCAGUGCCAGAGCCGACAGGAGAGACAGUGCCAGAGGCAACGACAGAACCGGCGACGAAGCCAACACCAGAGCCAGCACCAGUGCCAAUGCCAGAGCCGAAGCCAGUGCCAGAGCCAACGCCAGAGCUGGUGCCAGAGCCAUCACCCGAGCCAGCCACCCCCCUGGGGCCCGAGCAUCCAGUGCCAACCCCGGCACCGGCCCCGGACCGGCUCCUGGUGAUCUCGGUGUCGUACCAGAGCCUGCUGCAGUUCUGUAACCUGCUCAGGGAUUUCCUGCAGUUCCUGAGGGACCAGCUGGGCUGA